AUGCACCUGGUACCGGAGACUCGCCUCAAAUACGAUUUGCCGUAUUCUGUGAACUUCCCGGCGGUCUUGUUAGCCUCCGGGAGCCCUUACCUUACAUCGCCCAUCUACGAGUCUACCUCUCAGCACUCAAUACACACACAAGAGCACGGAAUUCCAGUUACAGAACAUGAGCGUGCUUCCACGACCUCUGUACCAUUAGCCAAUCAAGCUCAGUAUGUCAAACCGUACCAUGCGGCAGUACUCGUUGAGCCACGACUGGACAGGGUGAAGCCAUCAGAAUGGACAUCUGUCUGCAAGGACGAUGGACUCUUGCGGGACAUACUCACAGCAUAUUUCAUGCAUGAAUACCACACCUUUCCUGUUUUUCAUCUAGACUACUUCUUUGAAGAUAUGCAGUCUCCACGAACAAACAAGCGCGAUAUUCGGUUCUGCUCAGCGUUGCUGGUGAAUGCCGUACUAGCAUAUGGAUGCUACUGUUCAAGCCGAUUCGGCGAUCGCUUUAGAUAUUGGGAUCCCGACAGUCUCGGCUACAGAUUCCUUGCUGAAGCUAAGAGGCUCUGGGAAGUUCAGACAACUGAUGGUAACCGACCCAAACUUGUGUCAGUUCAGGCAGUAAUGAUCAUCAACGUCGUGUUGAACCUCCACGGUCUCGACAAGCAAGGUGAUUUAUAUGGAUUGCAAGGCCUUGCUAUCGCCAAAGAUAUGGGUCUCUUUAGUGGCAGCCAGCAUAUAACCCCGAAACGGGAUCGACACGCAAGAGAUUUUACCGCGUGGUGUCUUUUUAACAUGGAUACGCAUUUGAAGUGGCAUUUUUUCCAUCCGUCUUUCCUAAGUGAACCACCUAUAGUUACUCUCCCUGACCCAUCAACAGAUCCGGCCUGGUUCGGCGAAUCGUGGCACAGAUACCCCUUAAGCUCUACAAUCUUGUCAACACAGUUUCCGCAAUUCUUCAAAGCGAAAUCUGCAUACAUCGUUAUUCUCAAUGCAAUCGGUUCUAGAUCAUUUGGGAAUGAAUCAGGACUCUCGAUACAUGAGACAAGAACAUAUGCUCGUCGGUUGUUAAGAUGGUUUGAACUUCUCCCUAUGGUCCUCUCACCAAAGCACAUUGUGCUCCCAGCUCAUUUUCUGUUGCAUCUCGAUUACUAUAUUGUCCUCAUGACAAUUUGUCAGCCUUUUAUUCAGGAAGCUGAAGUAGAAGGUUUAAACUUUCUGAGCAUCGUCAGUCAAUGUGAACGCGACAUCAACAUUGUCCUGCGCUUGUACUAUAUCCGUCACAGCUUUUCAGGCGCAGAUUCAUGGCUCUCGAAUCCACUUGCGAAGCUAGGCUUCAUGUCUUUGCAACGAAUCAACGAUACGACGAGUCCACAAGAUAUUCAUUAUCUCCGAUCAAGUCUGGUUCUUGCUCUCCAGGGGUUGAGGGAACAGGGCCGCAACUAUUACAUCACCAGGACAGCAUACUAUAUCAUCAGAAAUCAGAUUCGACCGGAAGAGGCAAAAUUACUACAAGGCACUGAGGAUGCGAGAGUCGAGGCCGACGAAAGCCCCGGACUUAUCAGUGAGGUUCAUUCAGCAUGGAUUCCAAGUGUUGUUGACAUCUCGGAUGAUCCCGUCAGUAAAGAGCUGUCGAAGUUGGCCAAAGAGUUCUUGACACUGGAGUGA